GAUAGUCAGAGCAAAGAUGAAUGGCUAGUGCCCAAGAUCUUGGAGCGGCGUUUUGUACCAGCAUACCUUACAUGUGUAGCUUGGGAAGGUUUCAACUUUGUGGGACAUGAGAUAAAAAUAGUAGAAUCCACAGACCUCUUUGGAGCAACUGUAUGGCCCUCAGCACUUGUACUUUGUUACUUUUUGGAAAAAAAUGCAAAGCAGUUGGGGUUAGAGGACAAACGCAUCAUUGAAAUUGGAUCUGGAACCGGGCUAGUUUCUAUAGUAGCUAGUUUACUGGGAGCACAAGUUAUAGCAACAGACCUGGAGGACCUGAUUGGUAACCUACAGUAUAAUGUUGUUCGAAAUACAAAACUGAAAUGCAAACAUGUACCACAAGUUAAAGAGCUGACUUGGGGAUCCAAUCUGGAGGAGAAAUGUCCUGAAUCCUCCUCACACUUUGACUACAUCCUUGCUGCAGACGUAGUGUACAACCAUCCGUACCUGAAUGAACUUCUGGAGACAUUUGAUCACUUGUGCCAAGAGAAGACCAUUAUCCUGUGGGCCAUGAAAUUCAGAAAGGAGAAUACCCUUAUACAAAACAAUUUUUUUCACAAUUUUCAGAAACUGUUUGACAUGGAGGCUAUCUAUGAUCUACCAAGUCUAGGUAUAAAACUUUACAAGGCAAGAAGAAGAUGUACGUUUACUAAAUAA